UCGACAAAGAAACCAACUGGGCUGUUUUCAGCAUAGGAUUUUUCUUUUGCCGUUUCGUGUAUUUUAAAAAUAUUUAACUGAGUGUUUUAUUUGUGGCAUGUAUGUCUGAUUUCCAGCGUAUACAAAGAGUUUUAGUGUUGAAUUAGUUUUAGGUUUAAUUCCGAUUUUGUUCGAAUUUGUGGUCAACAUCAACAACUCGACUAGCUCUGAUAGGAGGUCUUAGUACUCCCUGAGCAUGAGUUCAGAAUGAAGCGUCGUUUGGAGGAUCAGGAAGUCUUUGCGGCGCAGCAGCGUCGAGGCUCUGAGGGCUUCCAGCACAGGGUCCUGGCCCCAGCACCUGCCGUGUAUGAAGCUGUUACCGACAACAUGCAGCCUACUACAGGCAUCCAGUACCCUGUGCCCCAGGGCUACCAGGUACCCAGUGUGCCACAGAGUACUGGGGGACAUGGGCAUGCUCAGAGCACUGCUGUUCAUGGCACCUCCCAUCACCACAGCCCUGCCGUGCAGCCUCAUGGCCCUGCCCUGGUCCAGGGCCACGCUCACCCACCAAACCCCACUGCCUCCGCACAGGGACAGCAGCAAUUCCAGAGGCUCAAGGUGGAGGAUGCUCUGUCCUACCUGGACCAAGUGAAAUUGCAGUUUGGAAGUCAACCACAAGUUUACAAUGACUUUUUGGACAUUAUGAAAGAGUUUAAGUCUCAAAGCAUUGACACCCCGGGAGUGAUCAGUCGCGUGUCUCAGCUCUUUAAGGGUCACCCUGACCUCAUCAUGGGUUUUAACACCUUCCUGCCACCGGGAUAUAAAAUUGAGGUGCAGACCAAUGACCUGGUGAAUGUUACCACGCCAGGUCAGAUCCAUCAUAUUACACCUCAUGGCAUAUCUGUGCAGAACAUCCCUCCAGCAACCCCAGCCCAGCACCAGAGCCAGCUGGCUGCUCCAGCUUCCAGCACAGCUGGCCCUCCUCCAACACAGCCCUCACAGAAGAGCAAGCCACUGCAGUCUCCAGCAUUGACUCCAAGCAGUCAGCCCAAUCCAUCCAUCCCUGCAUCUGCAUCACCCCGUUCCCCUCCUCUACAGCCCCAUGCCCCCAUCAGCAGCACCCCCAAUGCCCCCCCUCUGCAGAACAACCAGCCUGUGGAGUUCAACCAUGCCAUCAACUAUGUCAACAAGAUCAAGAACCGCUUCCAAGGCCAGCCAGAUAUCUACAAAGCCUUCCUGGAGAUCCUGCACACAUAUCAGAAGGAGCAGCGAAAUGCUAAGGAGGCCGGGGGGAACUACACGCCAGCCCUGACUGAGCAGGAAGUGUAUGCCCAGGUGGCACGACUCUUCAAGAAUCAGGAGGACCUACUGUCGGAGUUCGGCCAGUUCCUGCCAGAUGCCAACAGCUCUGUGCUGCUGGGCAAGACAACGGCAGAGAAAGCAGAAUCUGUCCAGAACGACCAUGGAAGCACGGUCAAGAAGCCACAGCUGAACAACAAGCAGAGGCCAAACCAGAAUGGCUGCCAGAUCCGCAGACACUCGGCUACUGCUACCACUCCACCUGUGAAGAAAAAGCCCAAAUUACUAAACCUGAAGGACUCCACUGUGGCAGAGGCCAGCAAACAUGGAGUCGGCACAGAGUCUCUGUUCUUUGAGAAGGUGCGGAAAGCCCUACGAAGUGCUGAGGCAUAUGACAACUUCCUGCGCUGCCUCGUUAUCUUUAACCAGGAAGUGAUAUCACGUGCUGAGCUGGUGCAAUUGGUGCUGCCUUUCUUGGGGAAGUUUCCAGAGCUGUUCAACUGGUUUAAAAAUUUUCUUGGCUACAAGGAGAUGUCCCACCUAGAGAGCUAUCCCAAAGAGAGGGCAACAGAGGGCAUCGCCAUGGAGAUAGACUAUUCCUCAUGCAAGAGGUUGGGCUUCAGUUACAGAGCCCUGCCCAAGAGCUACCAGCAGCCUAAAUGCACUGGGAGAACCCCACUCUGCAAAGAGGUGCUGAAUGACACAUGGGUGUCAUUCCCUUCCUGGUCAGAGGACUCCACUUUUGUCAGCUCUAAGAAGACACAGUAUGAGGAGCAUAUCUACAGGUGUGAGGACGAGCGCUUUGAGUUGGAUGUGGUUCUGGAGACGAACCUGGCCACCAUCCGUGUGCUGGAGACGGUUCAGAAGAAGCUCUCACGCAUGUCUGCCGAGGAGCAAGCCAAGUUCCGACUGGACAACACGCUGGGCGGCACCUCGGAGGUCAUCCACCGCAAGGCCAUCCAGAGGAUAUAUGGAGACAAGGCUCCCGACAUCAUCGACGGGCUGAAGAAAAACCCAGCCGUCUCUGUUCCCAUCGUGCUGAAGAGGUUAAAGUUAAAGGAAGAGGAGUGGCGGGAAGCACAGCGCGGUUUCAAUAAAAUCUGGCGGGAGCAGAAUGAGAAGUAUUACCUGAAGUCGCUGGACCACCAGGGCAUCAACUUCAAGCAGAAUGAUACCAAGGUGCUCCGCUCCAAGACCCUCCUGAACGAGAUCGAGAGCAUCUAUGAUGAGCGACAGGAACAGGCCUCGGAGGAGAGCGGCACGCCCCUCAGCGGCCCCCACCUCACGCUCACCUAUGAGGACCGGCAGAUCCUGGAGGACGCCGCCGCACUCAUAAUCCACCAUGUCAAGCGCCAGACGAGUAUCCACAAAGAGGACAAGUACAAGAUAAAGCAGAUCAUCUACCACUUCAUCCCUGACAUGCUGUUCGCCCAGCGGGGGGCGCUGUCGGACGCCGAGGAGGAGGACGAGGAUGAGGAGGGCGAGCUUGACGAAGGCGGGUCCAAGAAGCCCAACGGCGUGGCAGCGGGGGGCGGGACAAGCCCCGCCAAGUCCAAGCUCCUGUUCGGCAGCUCGUCGGCACAGAAGCUGCGCACUUGUGAUGAGGCUUACAACCUGUUCUACGUCAACAACAACUGGUACAUCUUCCUGCGGUUGCACCAGACACUCUGCGCACGCCUGCUCCGCCUAUACACACAGGCCGAGCGGCAGAUCGAGGAGGACCUGAGAGAGCGCGACUGGGAGCGGGAGGUGCUCGGCCUCAAGCGGGACAAGAACGACACCCCAGCUGUGCAGCUCCGGCUGAAGGAGCCCAUGGACAUAGAUGUUGAAGAUUACUAUUCAGCCUUCCUGGAGAUGGUACGUAACCUGCUGGAUGGGAACAUGGAGGCGUCCCAGUACGAGGACUCUCUGAGGGAGAUGUUCACCAUCCACGCCUACAUCGCCUUCACCAUGGACAAGCUCAUCCAGAGCAUCGUCAGGCAGCUACAGCACAUAGUGAGCGACGAGAUCUGCGUGCAGGUGACGGACCUGUACCUGUCUGAGGGCGGCUGCGGCGCCACAGGUGGCUCGCUCUCUACACAGGCCUCCAGGGCGGCGGCAGAGAGCACCUACCAGCGCAAAGCCGAACAGCUGCUCUCCGACGAGAACUGCUUCAAGUUGAUGUUCAUUAAGAGCCGCGGGAACGUGCAGCUGACCAUUGAGCUAUUGGAUACGGAGGAGGAAAAUUCAGACGAGCCGGCAGAGGCAGAGCGCUGGUCAGAUUACGUGGGCCGGUAUCUUAGCACUGAUGUGACGUCUCCAGAGCUAAGGGAACAUCUGGCCCAGAAGCCGGUUUUUUUGCCAAGAAACCUGCGGCGGAUCCGGAAAUGCCAGCGGGGGCGGGAGCAGCAGGGGAAGGAGGCGAAGGAGGGAGCCAAGAAGGAGAGUUCCGACAACAUGAAAAUGGAGUGCAUGUUCAAGCUCAACUCCUACAAGAUGGUGUACGUGUUCAAGUCUGAGGACUACAUGUACAGGCGCACAGCACUGCAGCGCGCACACCAGUCCCAUGAGAGGGUAAGCACUCGACUGCACCAGCGCUUCCAGGCCUGGGUGGAUGGCUGGGUGAAGCAGCACGUCACCAGGGACAUGGCGGCUGACAGCACCAAAUGGCUGAUGGGCGAGGGACGAGAGGGGCUCGUGCCCUGCACCACAGCCUGUGACCACGAGACCCUCCACUACAGAGGCAUCAACAAGUACCGAGUCACAUACGGCAGCAGCAGCUACAAGACGCCGUGACCUUGGGCGGGGCGGGGGGAGGGGCCACAUGGGUUCCACGAGAGAGUGCAGAUGGCGGGCAAGGCAUGAGGAGGACUUAUCAACAACCUUCUAAGGACGACAUGACAGCACAAAGCGAGGCCUGGGGCCUUUCGUGUCACACCAGUGGCAGCUGGCAAACGUCUCGUUUUUUAGCAGCGUUUUUAGCUGUACCCAUGCCCGCACACCCCUCAGUGCCAAACCAUGGGAAGAGAAAGCUGUCCGUCAAGGCGGCAGGCUCCGCCCAUGCGCCCAGACCACUGUAGAAAUAGCCACAAUGCUGGAGUUGACAGUACUGCGCGGUGCAGAGCACAGAUGGGCUGGGACCUAGAUUGGUCAAGUGGUAGUGCAGGAGUUUGAUGGGGCAGGUUAACAGGCAUUAAGGUUUUACUGUAUGUACAGGUCAUCAAGCUGUGCGGAGAGGAGGAAUAUGACGUUACCCUUACCUGGUUGUCAGCUUGGGCUUCCAUGUCCCUUGGCCACUAUUGGUAUAGAGUUUUUCCUAGUGUAACAUGUUUGGGAAAAACAAGAACAGAACUGUAGCAGCAAACUAAAGUUUAGUAUCUUGUUUUGGGAUAAGUGCACUUAACUUUGCAGAGAUAAAGAAUGAAUGAUUAUAUAGUGUGUUAUCCAGCCAAAGUAUAGGAAACUCAAAGGGCGGCAUCGAUGAAAUAAGCUCACGUAAUUUCCCAUUAUAAUAGCCGAUAUGUCACAACUAACAAACUCUAAGAGUACAAUCUUUUUAUUUAAAAGCAAAAAAGUCUUCAGAGGAAGAGACAGCAAUAAUGAUCUUUGACCUGUGUCCUGCAGUACAGGGGAGUGGAAGAUGGAAAGCACUGAUGCUUUUUUUGUUGUUUUUUUUGUAGAAGAAUGACUGAGCUUCCAAAUGCUCUCACACUGUAUAAUUGUAUAUGUUUUGAAUGUCAGAAUAUGACAUGACCACAGUUUAUGCUGACCGCCCUGGCUAUAAGCCUUACAAAGUUGCUGGCAAAGCCCAAUGCCAAUACACCAGCUAGUAUACACACAAACGCACACCCACACCUAAUCAUUAACAAUGAACUGUACACAGACAGACACACACACAAACAGAAUACAGUUCAUUAUUUGUAAAUAAAUUGUAUAUAUUGCCAGACCUUUUUUAUGACAGAGACCUGUGUUGUUGUGCUAGUGAAACUUAACAGGCUUACUGUGGACUUUAGGAAGAGAUGGCUAAAGUUAGUAUGCAUAUGGAAAACAGAAAACACGCAAGACAGUUUAUUACAGUUUUUACCAAAGGGAGUUGAUUAUAAUAGUAGUUUUUGUUUCUUUCUCUUAUGUGUGUUUAAUCUUUUUUUUCUUGUCUUUUUAAUAGGAUUGUUAAUUUUGGUAAAGUAGAAAUGUAUCCAGGUUCUUGUUUUUUGAAAAGUUUUUAUAAAAAGCAGCAUUUUAAUUUU